GUUUUCACUUUUCACACUCCGUAGUCUUCACUCUGUACUUUGUCUAUAGAAAAUUUAAGGUUAUUACAUAAUUUAGGGUGGACGGUUUCAUAUUUUUCGCCCAAGUGCUCCAGUUAAUUGAAAAUGUUGGGGGCUGUAAGUAGAGUCGGAAGCGGGUUUUUAGCUGCAAAAGCAGUAGCCGAAAAAGCCAUCAAUGAAUGCGGGAAAGUCGCCGCUGUCACCGCGAGCACCAAAAGAGAUUACGCAGCCAAAGCCGCAGGCAAAGGCCAAGGUAAGGUGGUCGCAGUUAUCGGCGCUGUAGUGGAUGUACAAUUUGAAGACAACCUACCACCAAUUCUAAAUGCUCUCGAGGUGCAAAAUCGUACACCCAGGCUCGUGCUCGAAGUGGCACAGCACUUGGGUGAAAAUACCGUCCGUACCAUCGCCAUGGACGGUACAGAAGGUUUGGUUCGUGGACAGCCUGUAAAUGAUUCUGGUUCACCAAUCCGUAUCCCUGUGGGCGCCGAGACUCUCGGCCGUAUCAUGAACGUUAUCGGGGAACCUAUAGAUGAACGUGGCCCUAUUCCGACUGACAAAACUGCAGCUAUCCAUGCUGAAGCUCCGGAAUUCGUCGACAUGUCUGUACAACAGGAAAUUUUGGUCACUGGUAUCAAGGUUGUAGAUUUGUUGGCUCCAUAUGCCAAAGGUGGUAAAAUUGGCCUGUUUGGAGGUGCAGGUGUAGGCAAAACUGUACUGAUUAUGGAGUUGAUUAACAAUGUUGCCAAAGCCCAUGGUGGUUACUCUGUAUUUGCUGGUGUAGGUGAGCGCACACGUGAGGGUAAUGAUUUAUAUCAUGAAAUGAUUGAAUCUGGUGUAAUCUCUCUCAAGGAUAAGACCUCUAAAGUAGCUUUGGUAUACGGUCAGAUGAACGAGCCCCCCGGUGCCCGUGCCCGUGUCGCCUUGACUGGUUUGACCGUCGCCGAGUAUUUCCGUGAUCAGGAAGGUCAGGAUGUGUUGCUCUUCAUUGACAACAUUUUCCGUUUCACUCAAGCUGGCUCUGAGGUGUCUGCUCUCUUGGGUCGUAUUCCAUCUGCUGUCGGUUACCAGCCAACUUUGGCCACUGACAUGGGUUCUAUGCAGGAACGUAUUACCACCACCAAGAAGGGUUCCAUCACCUCCGUCCAAGCUAUUUAUGUACCAGCUGAUGAUUUAACUGAUCCUGCUCCUGCUACUACUUUUGCUCACUUGGACGCUACCACUGUGUUGUCCCGCGCCAUUGCUGAGUUGGGUAUCUACCCCGCUGUCGAUCCCCUCGAUUCCACCUCUCGUAUCUUGGACCCCAACAUUAUUGGUGAUGAGCACUACAAUGUUGCCCGUGGUGUCCAGAAGAUCCUCCAAGAUUACAAGUCCCUUCAGGACAUUAUUGCUAUCUUGGGUAUGGAUGAGUUGUCCGAAGAAGACAAGCUGACUGUUGCUCGUGCACGUAAAAUUCAGAGAUUCCUUUCACAACCCUUCCAAGUUGCUGAAGUUUUUACUGGACAUGCUGGUAAAUUGGUACCUCUCGAGGAAACAAUCAAGGGUUUUUCCCAGAUUCUGAGAGGCGAAUAUGAUCAUCUACCUGAGGUUGCAUUCUAUAUGGUUGGACCUAUUGAAGAAGUUGUAGCAAAGGCUGAGACACUUGCUAAGAAUGCUUAAUUGUCAUUGUUGUGAAUGGAUGAGAAAGUAAUUGUAUUGUAUUUCUAAAUAAAUAAAUAGUAAUAAUA